UUUUGAAAAGCGAAAGGAUCCGUAAAGUCGCGGUUGUUGGACCUGCAAAAGGAAUCUUCGUCCAUCUCAUCCAUUGUUUCCAGUUUUCUUAUAUUACAUACACAGAAUUAUAAAAUACAGAUACAUUUACACCGAAAGCCGACUAUUUUUUACUAAAUCGGCCCAAGGAAGACAGUUUUGUUCAACUUUAUCGUACCGUCAGCAAUGGCAGCAACUAAAACGGAAGCAGUGCCAUCCGCUAUGCGAAAUGCAAGCACGGAAGGACUUGAGUCAUGGAAGUCUAAAUUGAAAACGCCAGCGAAGGAUAGGCGCAUACAGACCACAGAUGUAACAGCAACUAAAGGAAAUGAUUUUGAAGACUACCUGCUCAAAAGAGAAUUACUCAUGGGAAUCUUUGAGAAAGGUUUUGAAAAGCCUUCACCUAUUCAAGAAGAGAGUAUCCCAAUGGCUCUCACAGGAAAACACAUAUUGGCCAGGGCUAAAAAUGGUACUGGAAAAACUGCUGCCUACCUGAUACCUCUUCUAGAAAAGUGUGACGUGGAUAAAUCACAUAUUCAAGGGCUUGUGUUGGUGCCAACCCGUGAACUGGCCCUACAAACAUCUCAGAUCUGUAAAGAGCUUGGCAAACACCUUGGAGUACAAGUCAUGGCUACUACAGGCGGCACAAGUCUUAAAGAUGACAUAAUGAGACUAUAUAAUGAUGUUCAUCUCAUUGUUGCCACACCAGGUCGGAUACUGGACUUGAUGAAAAAAGGGGUGGCUAAGAUGGACAAUUGCCAAAUGCUUAUCAUGGAUGAGGCUGACAAGCUUCUAUCCAUGGACUUCAAAGGGAUGUUAGAAGACAUAAUUGCUUUCCUUCCACCCAGCAGGCAGAUUCUUCUUUAUUCAGCCACUUUUCCAUUGUCAGUAAAGGAAUUCAAGGAUAAACAUUUGGAUAAACCCUAUGAAAUAAACCUUAUGGACGAGCUGACCUUGAAAGGCAUCACACAGUAUUAUGUUUUCCUGGAGGAGAAACAGAAAGUACAUUGCCUGAAUACUUUGUUUUCAAAGCUUCAAGUGAACCAGUCAAUUAUCUUUUGCAACUCAGUCAACCGCGUUGAAUUGUUGGCCAAAAAGAUAACAGAGCUCAAGUAUUCCUGUUACUAUAUUCAUGCAAAAAUGGAGCAGAGUCACCGCAACAAGGUGUUCCAUGACUUCCGCCAAGGAGAGACAAGGACUCUAGUGUCUUCAGAUUUGUUCACACGUGGGAUUGAUGUUCAGUCUGUCAAUGUGGUCAUCAACUUCGACUUUCCCAAAAACUCAGAGACCUAUCUGCAUCGCAUUGGCCGUUCAGGUCGUUUUGGGCACCUUGGUCUUGCCAUAAACCUUGUCACUUACGAGGAUAGGUUUGAUUUGUUCAAGACUGAACAGGAGCUUGGGACUAACAUAAUACCAUUUCCCAAAAAAGUUGACAAGAAACUUUAUGUGGCUGAAUUUCAGCAACAAGAAGAAGAUGACUAGUUACACCAAAACUCCUGGUAGGAAAACAUGCAACAGCUUUACACAUCUUAAAAGUUGGGAGCUAUCUUUAAGAGAAUUUCAAAACAACCUCUAGUUUAAUUGUUUACCACUCCAUGCAAGCAAAACUUCUAUAUUUAAGUACCUUAAACAAACAUUUACAAAUAAAGUAAUCGAAACAAAGUUUCCAUGCAUUCCUCUAGCAAUAGUAUUUCCUCUGAACAUAAAGAGUACCAUGUCUAGAGGAAACUAAUUGUGAUUUUUGCCCCUACACUUUGUUUCAAACACUUCACAAUUUUUGUAGAAUGUUUUCAUGGUUAUAAAUCAGUUUGUUGCCUGGCAUUUUGGAAACAGUCAUGAUUAGUACUGUGUAAGACAAAACACAAUGAGCUUCUAGGAAAUCAGCAAAUUUUCAAUCUUUUUUUGGAACAGUUAGAAUCAGCCCUACUCAAAUUUUGGUGAUAUUAAAAUAAUCCAAGAGAGAUUUAGAGCACAUAAAAUUUAUUAUCAUGACAGCAUUAUGAACAAGGGUACAUGUGAGAACUUUCUCUAAACUAGAUUUUGUUUUUGUCCUCAGUAAAGGAAAUAAUGCUGUUUUAGAAGAGGACAGUUAAAUUUUUUAUAUGUAUUUUUUUGCCCUUCCCUUCCCUUUCCCUUGAUGAUAGUAGCUGACUACAUUCAACUAAUUUGUAAAAAUGUUGUGGCAAGUUUUCCCAGCAGACCUGGAAGAGAGUUAAAAGUCUUCCACAAGCAAAUUGUCCUGGUGAAUCUUUUAGUUCCACUUAACUAAAACAUUGAGUAUUUAUGCCUUUCUGAUAUUCAGAAGGACAAGAGUUGAUAUCUUAUGUUAAUUGUAUUUAUGUUGUGUGUCACUUUAGGUUCAUUCACUUCCAUCCCACUACACCAGCUAAAAAGGUGAAAACUUGUUUGAGAGGCAGUAAAUAAAUUCUUCCUUUUUAUUCUUGAACUGUAUUACUGUGUUGCAAAAACAGGUAUUGUUUUACAAGUUAAAAAAAAUCUAUUAGGAAGAGCUCAGGGUUAAGGAAGAAAUGAACAAAUUCUGUCACUUCCUCAUCUGACUGUUAAGGUCCAUUUAACAGCAAGGUAAAUUAGCAUUUUUGUUGUUUGACACAACUUAACCCAUGGGAGAGUAUGAAAACAUUUCUGGAUUAAGUUUAAAGGGGACUUGUUUCUUAGCUGCUGUUGGGAUGGAAGUGAAUGAGUAAAAAUGUUUUUGUGCAGUUUGUGUAGUAAAAAUUCCUAACUCCAACUGAAGUGCUCCAAGUAUGUGAAUGAAACAAUGUUUGAUAGAGAUGCUUAUUUGAAAUUGUAGUCUUUGGGUUAGAAAUUAGAUGGUAAAGUUUUUUUGCUGCCCAUCCUUUAAGUAUAGAGGCCUUAAGACAUUACCUUGUGUAGUUACAUGAAGUAAGCUUAACUGUGCAGCUAAGUGCUGGUAGCAAGGAGUUGUGGUACACUAUUCAAGGGAUUAAAUGAUCAAAUUGCAUUUGGUGAGCCUCUUUUAGUGGCUCUUUCCAUUGGAUUAGGGUGCCAUGGAAUUCUGCCAAGGGUAGAGUAGAGAUAAUGUGUAGAAAAGAGGAGUUGAAUGGGCAUGGCUGAUGAUGAAGAUAUUGUUCUUUGGUCUGAAUUAGUUGGAGCUUUUGAUUAAGUGUCUUAGUUAAGUGGGAAAUUAUUUAUUUGUAAUUAAUGUGUACAUAUGUAUAUAGUGCAAAUUCUAAUUAUGUAGGAAGAUUUAUUUUCAGGACAGAGUUUGAUGGAAAAGUUUGGAACUUGUAAUGGAGAGAUAAGAACCUUGAGAAAAGUCAACCCAAGUUCACAAAUAUUUUGAGUACAAGAGUUUCCCUUGUUAAAUUGUUGGUACUCUUUUAGUUUGUCUCCACUGUGCUCUGUGAUUUGGGUGAGAAAUUGCACUACCAUCUUAGCUAAUCACAUAUUACACUUCAUGGGUCCAUUACAUUUUCCAGUGUUAAGGUCAGUUUGUUUCUUGUGGUAUUGAAAGUCAAUGUACCAUUUGCUUUGUUUGGCUGUUGUAAUUCUGUUAGGUUAGUUUUAUGACUCUUGGUAACAAGUAUCCCUAAUAAGUGAUUAGUUUGUUAAUGUGCAGUGGUGUAGUUUGCUAUUUCAUGCCCACUUUACAGAGUUAACAAGAUUUCCAUUAUGAUUAAGAUUUUUGUUAAUGAAUAAAUGGGGGACAGUUGAAACUGAAGUUCCAAAAACUGUGCUCUAAAGUUUCUGUGGAAUCGAGGCACUGUCUGUUAUUCUUAUUAAUGCAGUAAAACUGCAAUUCUGAAAAAUUUUUUUUCCUUAAGACAGCCUACUCUUUCCCCAUGAAAACUUCGUAGAAUUGAAGUUAAUUGAGUAGGUAGGAAUGGCUAACUUUGUGUUUGUAUUGACAGCUGGACAGUGUGUAGAAUAAGAUUAUACAUACAGCCAGGGUCAUAAUGUGAUGAAUUGUGAAGGAACAAUAUCUGUGCACACCCUUUACUCCUUUCAUAAAAACGGUAAUUUCAUUACAGCUAAAGAAGAAGAGUUAGAAGAGACUCUUGGCUCAAUUAUAGCAGCAGGAUUAGUUACCUGUUUAAUGAAAGAGGACUGGCCAUUUUAACAAGACAUUGUGACACCUAUCUAGUAGAAUAAUUACUGAGGCAUAACUAAUAAUUAUGGGAAGAGGUAGCAUAAUGGAAAUAAGGAAAAUUAAAAGCUGUUCUACAGAAGUUGUCUUGCAAAGUGGGAGAAGUUAUCCAUCAGGCUUAAAUGGCCAUUAACAAACCCAAGAAGUAGAACUGUACAGUACACAACAAGGGUUAUGAGCAUUGCCUUGCAAUGUGUACUUAAGUAUAAAGAUAACAAUGUUCAUUAGUAUUAAUGUAUAUUUGUACAAGUCAUCUUAUUGGAACCUGGUGUUGUGGAUUAAUGACAUGGCUGGUAGAAAUGUACAGUGAUACUCUAAUUUCAAAUAUCUGAGAUGAGAAGGUUUAUUAUCCAACUUCUUUGCUAAACAAAAACAAAGAAACAAAAAAGCAGUUGUGUUGUGCCAAAUAUUAAAACUGCUGGUUUUUUUCUUUUUUUUUAAAGGCAAGAGAUAUUUUUAGCCUAUUUUUGUUAUUAUUUCUGACUUAUUAAUUUACUGAGUUCCUCAUGAAGUUGGAUAAUAAAGUAGUUAAAUUUUUCUGGUGCCAUAGUUGAGGAUAUAGUGAUAACACCUUUUUGUUAUCAGUGUCAAAUUACAACAUUGUAUUAUUAUUAUUAUUAUUGUAGUUGUUAUUAUUACUAUUAUUAUUAUUAUUAUUAUUAUUAUUAUUAUUAUCUAGACUGAAACUGUUGCCUGAUAAUGUUACAUAUUUAAGCUGUUUUCAACCCUUAGCAGUCAAAUAUGUAUUACAUCUUCAGUUCAUUGGUCAUAAGGUAUAAGUUGAUACAAAUGUUUUGUAUCGACAGGAAGUAUCCAGCACACCUCUUGGAUAAUUUUUACAAUUAUUUUUCUAUCUUUAUGCCUUCCUUUGGCUUUUGAUUAUUUGCUUAGUUUUUUCUGUUUUGUGUUAAUGGAUAUUUUCCGUAAGCAUGUGUUUUUGCUAGGCUAAAAUCUUGAUUUUCUUCACAUGUUUUUGGGAAUUCCAAGGUACUUUUUUGCUCCUGAAAGUUAAACAUAACUGCAUGUAAUAACCUUAUGUUCAAGUGACUAUAGGAAAAUGUUUGGUGGAGCAGCAUGUAAGUUUUAAGAAAUCUUGAAUAAGCUCUGCAUCAGUGUUUUCUUCUUUAGCCUCCUAUUAUGCUUUUUUUACUGUUCCAUGCAGAGCUUUUCAUGUUUUUCAAAAUAUGAUUUUUUCCUAGACAUUGAACUUUCAUUUAGAAUUGAAGCAAAGAUAUGACAGGGGCAGGUUGAGCAUUAGCUUAAGGUGUGGUUAGUUUUCGUGGCAUAAACACAGGGUGUAAUGCUGCAGUACCCUGAAAGAAAAGUUUAAUAUGACUCAGUAUUACUUGAAUGCCUUGGUGUCUUUUCAGGCCCUGGACAAGCAUGGCUUUUAAAGUUACACUGUAGUUAGCUCCUGUUUGUUUCAUUACUGAUAAUUAAUGUAAUACAGUUUUAUGUCCUCUGCUGUCAUGUUUCCAAAGUUGUCUAGUGCUUUUAACUUAUCAUGUAUAGACUAACCUCUGACUGCUUAUUUCCAGGUUGUUCUUGUUCACUGUGUCUUGCCUUGUUGUAACUAUAAGCUUCUGUAUUAGUGUUGUUGUGUUUGUUAGUUAUGCUUUUUUUUUUUUUUUUGGUUUAUGGUGAUGUUUUUACCCAAGGGACUGUUUUCUCAAAGAGAAAUGUUAAGAUUCUCAAACAGUUUAUCUCGAGGUUAAUUGUGUAUUAAAGUCCAAAUUAUGUAACUAUUUAGUUUGAAAUGAACUCUUGUUUUAAGGUUAUUUCUCUGCCUUUCAUCCUUAAGUUUUAAUUCUUUCAGUGUUCAGUGUUUUAAUGCUUAUGACAAGUAAUCCUUUACCCAAAUCACUACUGUGUCUAGUUUGUUUAGUCUUAUUGCAGACUUCAGGUGCAGUUAGUAAAACGGUUUUUUGUAUUGUAACCGUGUGUGUAACUGGCUUUGGGUGAUUAACUUAACAUCAGAUUUGAAAGAAACAUCACCUGUACUGGUUCCUUAAAGGAGACAGACAGUUCAGGCUGAGUUUUUAACUUCCUGAAAGUCUCUUUUGACUAUUCUUUAGCUCUGUUCCUUCUCUGAAGGAACCUGGUGGUUAAAAUGUAUGACGACUUUUAUGAUGUCCAUUAGAUAAGUCAGUGCUAAAGUAAUCUUAAUUGGAUGAGAUUGUAUGUAAAUCUAAACGUUUUGGAGUUAUGCUAGGAAUUAAAGUAUUUCUACAGGAUUAAAUUUAGUUUGUGUUUUAUGUGGACCAUUUUCAAAUAACCUGUAAUGUUAUGGCAUCAAUAAAGUCUGAUCAAAUCUA